AUGGAGAUGGCGGCGGCGGCGGGGGCGUGGGAGCGAGCCGCGCCGGCCCGGGUGGGGCUGCGCCUCCGGGUCUCCCCCGGGACCGACGGCCCUGGGAGCCGGGAACGAGGAAGAGGCGGGAGGCGGAAGUGGGGGAGGGGCAGCGGCGGGCACACUCGCUCUGCGCUCGCCCGGCGACCGGAGGCAGCUCCGUGGAGCGCGACUACUCGCACUUGCAAGGCCGGCAAAAAGUUACCGGCACGCAUCCUUCCUCCCUCCUACCAGCCGCACUCCUCCGCGCACCACCUCGCCACCGACGCCGCGCACGGUCUGCGCCAGCUGCGCUGCACUUGCGGCGCCCCCGCCCAACGCAGACCCGCUGUGGGCACCCGCACGGGCUCCCUGCCCACGCAUCUUGUGCUCUCCGACUCCCGGGCAGCGCCCACGCAACCACUACGCGCACGCACCCGUUCCCCAACUCGCGGCACCCUCGGCCGCACUUGCCACGCUUAUGCGCGCACUUGUCUGAUGCAAGAUGAGAAACUACAAGACAAUCAGCCUGUCUGCAAAACAAUUGAGCGGAACCGACUUAAAAUGGUAUUAAGAAAUUUGUCACUCUUGAAGCUACUCAGGAGCUCCAACCGCAGGAUCCAAGAACUGCAUAGCCUAGCAAGACGGUGUUGGAAUUCAGUGCUCAGAGUUCCGAAGAUGCUCCGUAUUUCCUCUGGAGACAGUGUCUGCAAUGAAGUGAAAAAAAAUAACAAAAAACUCCAGGAAGCUAGAUUCCUUGAGAAGACACUGGAGAAUAAGAAAGAAGAGUCUACGGAGGAAUCUAAGGAGACAAGGGCCGAAGACUGGAAGCCCGAGAUAGCAUCAGAGAAAAGGAACAAGGAAAAGGAGCCAACUGUAACAGUGCCACUAGAUCAGGUGGAGCCUGAGGUCCCAAGGACAUCGAGGAGUCAAGGCUUGAACACUGGAACACGGGGGAAGCAACUAUCUACUGGGAGCCGCAGAGUCAUCUUCCUGAAAACCCACUACCACAGAAGUCCUAUGGGGGACAUGAAGCAGUUGGAUACAGGUGGCCAGAAUAUCUGGUUUGAGGGGCUGCCCAGACGAAUCCACCUCCCAGGGCCCCGCGUCAUGUGCAGACCCUCUAGCCUGCGCUGGGUCAAGCGCUGCUGUACCCGCUUUUGCUCUGCAUCACUUGAGGUGCCUAUGUACCAUUCAUACAAGGUGGGUGUGACAGGGAGGUGCACACCCUGAGCCAGACGCAGAGCCCUAGAGUCAGUAGGCUCAGGAUCCUAAGGUUUUUUUUAAUUUUUGGUGUGGUACUGGGGAUUAAAUCCGGGGUGCUCUAACACAGAGCUACAUCCCCAGCCCUUUAUUUUUAUUUG